GACCCUAUUCUCCCGCGGACCCGCAGGGGAGGUGCUCCGCCAGGUCUGGGCGGGGCGGGGCAGUGGCCCUCCCGUGGCGGCUGGCGCUAGCUCGGGACUCUGUCCCAGCCUGGGCGCGGUUGCAGCCGGGAGGGCGACGUGGAACAGCCACGUGGAGCAGCCGGGGGAGGGCCAGCUGCGGGCAGCGGGCGAGGGCUGUGCGGUGCCUGGAGCGCGCACGAACUGAAGCCCAGCCGUUCGUACAGCAGUUCCAGUUUCCUUAAGGAUGUUAUGGUGGCUGCUGCUGCUCCCCCUGGGUCAAGCUGCCCCUAAGGAUGGAGCUGCAAGGCUGGACCCUGAGGUACAGAUCCUGUCCAACCCUUUCCAACCAGGCCCAGAGCAGCUCCUAAUUCUACAGAAUUACCUCAAGGGACUAGAGAGGAUGGAAGAAGAGCCAGAGCACAUGAAUCGGGAGCAAGUCCUCCUAUACCUCUUUGCCCUCCAUGACUAUGACCAGAGUGGACAGUUGGAUGGCCUGGAGCUGUUGUCUAUGCUGACAGCAGCACUGGCUCCUGGAGCUGCACACUUUCCCAUCAACCCGGUGAUCCUGGUAGUAGACAAGGUACUUGAGACCCAGGACCUGGAUGGAGAUGGGCUCAUGACUCCUGCAGAACUCAUCAACUUCCCAGGAGAGGCCCCCAGGCACGCACAGCCCCUUGCUCCAGUUCUCCAGGAGUCACAACCUGCUGGGAGUCAGCCCCUGUUAGCCAAAAGUCCAUCACAACCAGAAACCCAGCAAGCCCUGAGGCCUGGAGAAGCCAGGGGCCAGGUAGAGGCCAGAAGGGAGUCCUUGGAGCCUGUACAGGAGGUUGGACAUCAAACAGGGGCUGAAGGAGACACCCUCAGUCUGGGAGGGGAGUCUAGGGGACAAGUAGAGGCUGAAGAUGUCCCAGGUCCCAGAGAGAAUGCUGGCGGACAGGCAGAGGGCAGAGCAAAUGAAGGGGAAGCCAAAGAGAUGCCAGGGGAUGCACUAGAGACUAUGGACAUUCCAAAUGAGAUUGAGGCUCAUAGUAUUCAGUUGGAGAACGAUGAGAUAUAAACUUGGAGGAUAUAGGCUCAUCCCCCUCAAAAUCUCAGUGACAGACCAAGAAGCCUGAAGGAUGGGGUGUGUGUGUUGUGACAAGAAUCACCUCUGCCAUCGGUGUGAUGGCAUGUGUCAGUAAUCCCAAAAUUUGGAAGUUUGUGUCAGGAGGACCGAGUUCCAGGCCAGCCUGGGCUACACUGCAAGUUUGAGACCAGGCUGGGCUAUUUAGUGAGACCCUGUCUGAAAACAAACAAACAAAAAACUACCUAUAUUCUACUCCUUUCUGGCUCCAUGGGAAGCAGGUCUUUCCAUGCAGCUCAGGAAGACUCUAAAUUGAGGGGCAGCUUUUAGGGUCAAACAACCAUUAAAGAACAGAAUGAAUUCAUCCCUACCCAGAUCCCUCCCCUCAGGACACGGGGUUGAGGAUUGAAUAAGCCUCUUGAAUGCAUGGAGAUUUAGCUUUCCCAGGGUUCCUGGCCAGGAGUGUGGAGACAGCAGAAUCUGAAACACUAGCCACACCCAGCUGCAGACAACCCCAAGAAGAAAGCUCAGUCUAUCCCCAUGCACAAAAGCUCCUAUUCUCUCUCUACCUGGUAUUCCCCCUUGUACCCUCCUGCAGGUCAAGGCAAAUAGAUGGUCCCCAUUACCCUGUAUUGCUCCCUACCCCUGGUAAUGGUAUUAAUAAUAACCUUUUUUUGAGCCUAGUAUCCGUCAGGCACCAUGCGGGCAUUUUAUAUAAUUUUUAUCCUUGUAAUAAUUCUAUAAUCAGGCAAAAUCAGCUCUAUUGACAGAUGGGUAAAUUGCAGAAGAUUAAACAAUGUACUUUAAGGUGACACCCAUCUAAUUAAAUGACUGAUUUGAACUCAGGUCUGUCUGACCUUAAAACCCAUGCUCUUAGUCAGGCACAGGUCCAUGCCCCAAUUCUCAGAUUGGAAUUGGCUCCUAAUUCCAGUAUGUCACCUGAAUCUGAUCUCCCCAAGGGACAGCAGCACUUUGUAUCAGGUAGGCUCUGGGAGUGGGGCUUUUAGGUUCCUAGGCAGCCCAUGGGAAAAGGUGGUUUUGAACAGCAAGGCCCCGUGGACCCAGAAAGCAGGUUCCCUGCCCACCAUCUUUUGGACUCAAUCACAUGGACUGAGCUUUGUGCAGUCUGCACAGCUCAGGGGCCUAGAAGACCUACUCUAUUUCCACACUGGCUAGUGGGGUGCUAACUGUCCUUCCUGGCCAAGACUGCUCACACUCUCUACCUUUCCAGCAACUCCCUUGGCUGCUCUCACCAAGGAAAACUCAGCCUCCCACACACCGAGCUGGGGAGGCCGGGGUGCGGGGGUGGGGCACGACACACACGACACUCCUGCUCCUGCAACCUAGGCAGCCUCUCCCCUGAGUCUGGAUGGGGAGGCUAAUUUGGAAAAUGGGAGGAAGAGGACACAAGAUGGAGGAUUUUAGUGUCAAACCAAUCAGGAAAUCUCAGACAGAAUUGGUUGAACAUCAAGGACAAAUAGCUGGAGAAGGAAAGAAGCUGGAGAGAGGGCUCAGUGUUUAAGAGCACUGGCUGUUCCUGAAGAGGACCUGGGUUCCAUUCCCAGCACCCACAUGGGGCAGCUAACAACUGUCUGUAAUUCCAGUUCAAGGAUCCAACGCCCUCUUUCAGUCUCCACAGGCACCCCAUACACCUGGUGCACUUAAUAUACACACAGGUGAGCCUUAGUCCCAGCACUGGAGAGGCAGAGGCAGGCAGAUCUCUGUGAGUUCAAGGCCAGCCUGGUCUACAUAGUGAGUUCCAGGACAACUGGGACUACAGGGAGA